GCUGGAAUCGAACCCAGGACCCUUCCGUCUGAGGGCCAGUGCUCUAACCACUGAGCCAAGCCAGCUGGGGCUACAUGACUCACUCUUGAUAGUAGGAGACCUGGUGAACAGGGGUGUUUAGAGCUGGUACCAUUAGAGGUAGAACUUGAGGUUGGGUGAUAGCCAGCCCUCAGCCCUGCCAUCCCUGGUUGGCUUCUCAGCCCAGGUCCCCACCUUUAAAACUGGACUUGUGCCUGGAACUAGACCCAGGUCUUCCCAUCUCUCUAGGAUCACAGUUGCAUGUGUAUAAAUCCCCAACACACUGCACACUUCACUUCGGUCCAGAGUGACUGUUAAAACGACACAAGAAACCCAGUUGGUUUCCCAAGGCCCCAUUUCAUACCCCAACCAUACCAGGGCCCCACUGAUCCCCACAGAGACACCUUUUAAGGAGCCAGCAGGGAGAACACAGGCCCAUAGCUUCUGCGAUGUCCUUCCCUACUGUUUGCCGCCUCAUCCCAUUCUCCUGAAAGUCCCCUGUGAACAAGCCCUCAUUCCAGUAAGCUGUUCCACCCACCCACCUCCAGGGCAGGAGUGGGGGAGGACACAACAGUGCCUUCAUUUUUCUGUGGCUGUUGACUCCCCUAAGACCAGUUCUGCCAUUGUCUCCCAUCAAGUGGUAACAGGUGAAUUGUCCUAUCAAGUGACCUUUUUCUGGGGGCACAAAAGGGACCUCUGCUCUGGGCUCUGUGCCUUAUAAGGUCUCAUGCCAGUCCCCAGAGUGAGGAAUCCACAUAUACAAGGGGCUGUGUCUGCUCUUCCCUUUCUGGCCCCUGCUUGGGGAACUGGGCCCUGGACUUCACAAUUCACAUGCUCUCAAGCCCAUACCACUGUACCUUGCAUAGCCUCUUGCACCCUAGGUCCAAAGAGUGGCUGGUUCUGAGGGUGUAGAGGGCGGCACUACCCAGACACCCACAAGCCUGAGUAAGAAGCCUCACAGUACCAGGCAGAGAUGGGACAGGAAGAAAAGGCGCUUGGUGGGGUGGGCUGAGCUCUCCCCAUGUGGCCUGUGUGCAACAGAGAGGACAACAGAAAUUCUAAAAUGGAACCUGAUGCCCCAAACCCUUGACUGUUUUGUUAAGGAAGAAAAUGUUUUAUCAGUUUCUUAAAUUGAUUUAUCACUUUUCAAACAUUAGACAUCGUGUGAGCUUCCAUCCAUGCUCUUCGCUGGCUCUCAAGUGUUAGGGGAAGGCCUUGCCAGACUGUUUGAGGAGGCGCAUCCCACCUGGGGUGAAGUUGGUGAGGUUGCCGCUUUGGUCUGCAGCCAGUCCAGCAGGAGAUGGCCCCAGGGGCCCCAGCACUGCUGCUGCUGUCGCUGCUCUGUCUGCCCAGUCUCCGGCCCCGAGCUGCCGGCUGCCCGGCUGCCUGCCGCUGCUACAGCACCACGGUGGAGUGUGGGGCCCUGCAGCUGCACGUUGUCCCACCCGGAAUCCCGCCCGGGACACAGACCCUGUUCCUACAGGACAACAGCAUUGCGCACCUGGAGCUGGGCAUCCUGGCACCACUUGCUGCCCUUCGCAGUCUCUACCUACAUAACAACAGCCUUCGUGCCCUGGAGCCAGGCACCUUUCGCAAACAGCCACGCCUGCUGGAGCUCGCACUCACAGGCAACCGGCUUCGAGGCCUGCGCCUCGGUGCUUUUGCAGGCCUGGCCCAGCUGCGCGUACUCUACCUGGCUGGUAACCAGCUGGUGCAGCUGCUGGAUUUCACCUUCCUGCAUGUGCCGCGACUGCAGGAGCUGCACCUGCAGGAAAACAGCAUUGAGCUGCUGGAGGACCAGGCCCUGGCCGGGCUCUCCUCACUGGCACUGCUGGACCUCAGUAGGAACCAGCUGGGCACCAUCAGCCGCGAGACUCUGCAGCCCCUAGCCAGCCUGCAGGUCCUACGCCUCACAGAGAAUCCAUGGCGCUGUGACUGUGCCCUGCACUGGCUGGGAGCUUGGAUCAAGGAGGGGGGGCAGAGGUUGCUCAGCUCCAGGGACAAGAAGAUCAUGUGUGCAGAGCCCCCACGCCUGGCACACCAGAGUCUUCUGGACGUAUCUGGCAGUAGCCUUAUCUGCAUCCCGCCUUCUGUGCACGUUGAGCCGCUGGAGGUGAUAGCCAACCUGGGUGAGGAUCUGCGGGUCGCCUGCCAGGCUUCCGGCUAUCCGCAGCCCCUGGUAACCUGGAGAAAGGUAGCCCAGCCUCGCGAGGGACCUCGGGCCCGGGCCCCGCCAGAAGGCGGGGUGCCAGGCCCAGGCGAGCAGGGGGCCUCCGACAUGGGCAGCGGCAUGCUCUUCCUCACCAACAUCACCCUGGCUCACGCCGGCAAGUACGAGUGCGAGGCCUCCAACGCCGGCGGCGCCGCCCGUAUGCCCUUCCAGCUCCUGGUCAACUUGUCCCAGCAGCAGCAGCUACAGCUGGAGCCCCUGCCACACCCGGCCGCCGGCCCGGUCAGCCACGAGCCCCUGCACGAGGCGAGCAGCAUGGCUUUCCGCGCCCUGGGCCUGGCCACGCAGACGGCCGUCGCGGCGGCCAUCGCGCUCCUUGCGCUCACGGCGCUGCUGCUGGCCACCCUGAUCUGUCGCCGGCGCCGCAGGCGGAAAAAGGCUCCGGGGCCGCCGGGAGAGGGCGCGCUGUUCGUCAACGACUACUCCGACGGGCCCUGCACCUUCGCGCAGCUUGAGGAACUCCGCGACGAGCGGGGCCACGAGAUGUUCGUCAUCGACCGCUCCAAGCCGCUCUUCGCCGAGAGCGUGGCGCCCGGGCUUGCGCCAGGGCCACCCCCGCAGCCGUCCGCUGCCUACGAGAUCCACUGCUGAGGGGGGGACGCAGAUGACGCGGGCCCCGCGGAUUGGCCUGUGGGGGAAUCCCCUCGCACAUGCUCCGCGCGGUCAGUAAAGGGUGGAAGCUGAGCAGUAUCAGGAGAGCCGUGUGUGAGGUCUGGGGGUUCCGAGGGUGGGGUAGAGCGCAGGCACCUGAGGCCCUGCAGACAUAAGUCCUGGGGUGCAAACAUUGGAUGGCCAGGGAGGCUCCCGACACCCCCAUUGAGAUCUUCCUUUAAAGACCCCUCCCAGAAUCACUCCAAACUCCAGGUCUGCAGGGCCUGAGGCAAGCCCUGCAGCCAGAAGUGCUGUGGAAAUGCCCAGACGGGCUGCGAUGAUGCUGGGAAUGCCCAGGUGAGGGAGAGCAGAC